CUGUCACCGCACCAGCCAGUCAAAGAAUUUUUGUACAUGUUUCGUUUGUUGGUGCGUGAUUGAAACUUGGCAUGCGGUGUAUUUAUUUAAGUUUUAAUUAAUUAAAUAGUCUCCGAUUAGAAGAAAUUAUUAGUGGCCAUGAAACCUCAGUAAGUGUAAAUAAUUAUUGAUCAUAAAAAUGGUAGAAUCGUGACAUAUUUUGUGACGUGUUUAUAUCUGUAAUGAUCAUGAUCGUCUAACUCGUGUAGUUUGUUUCGCAAAUUACGUGUAACAGUGAUAAAACGAUGUCGGGACACAGUAUCCACGAUGAGGCAGAUGCCGACCGAGCCCAGAUGAUGAAGAAGAUCUUCAGUGCAGUGUUUUAUGCACUUGCCUCUUUCAUGAUAACUGUGGUGAAUAAAACAGUGCUAACAACUUACGAGUUUCCCUCAUACCAAGCAUUGGGUCUGGGACAGAUGGUGGCUACGAUAUCAGUGUUGUGGUGUGGCCGAUACAUGUCUGUAGUGCAUUUUCCUCCUCUGGAUAGUGGUAUAGCGCGGCGUAUUUGGCCGCUGCCACUCAUCUACUUGGGCAACAUGGCUACAGGCUUAGGUGGAACCAAAGAACUCAGCCUGCCAAUGUUCACAGCUCUUCGCAGAUUCAGUAUUUUGAUGACUAUGCUUGGUGAACGAUUUGUACUUGGAGUGCGAGCCUCCUGGCCAGUGCAAGCCAGUGUGUUGGCCAUGGUUGGCGGCGCCCUACUAGCAGCUGCCGACGAUGUGACUUUCUCAAUUUCGGGCUACACUUUUGUAUUACUUAAUGAUGCAUUUACUGCUGCUAACGGUGUUUACAUGAAGAAAAAGCUAGACUCCAAAGAUCUAGGUAAAUAUGGACUGAUGUACUACAAUGCCCUAUUCAUGAUUGUUCCUGCAUCCUUAGUGGCUUGGUGGACUGGAGACCUGGAACGUGCUGCUGCCUAUGAGAACUGGGAUGAUGUGUUAUUCCUAACACAAUUUCUGUUGUCUUGUGUCAUGGGUUUUGUUCUAUCCUACAGUGUGAUGUUGUGCACCCAGCACAAUAGUGCCCUGACCACAACAAUCAUUGGAUGUCUGAAAAAUAUCCUAGUUACUUAUUUGGGAAUGGUCAUAGGUGGAGAUUAUGUAUUCUCAUUAUUGAAUUUUAUUGGCCUCAACAUAAGUGUAUUUGCAAGUCUCCUAUACACUUUUGUCACAUUUAAGCGCAAACCAUCACCAGCAUACCAGCCUGUUAAUAUAGUGAAAAUAGAUACUGUAUAGCAGUGCCUCAGACGUAACCCUCAGUGGUCUACCUACUAUGUGUAGUGUCGAACUUUGCUACCAAAGAAGACUGUAAUUGUAAUUUAUGGUGUUGUGAACACUCCAUGAUAGUAAUCAUGUAGAAUACAGAACUGUCAUAAUAAUUAUACAUAAUUAUUACAUUACUAUAAUGUGUACAUAAGAGAACUGAAUAAUGUGUAUUAUUCAAUACAAAUGUAUUUAGUUUGCAAUGUAUGAUCCUAAAAUGAUUAAUUAUUAGUGAUGCAACGAUUAUGAAUAAUUAUAGUUUAUGUAAAAAAGGUAUAAGGUACUUGGUAGUCAUGUCAUUCAUGGCAAUGAAUGCAGAGAUAUAUAUUUUUAAUUAACUGUUUCAAUGUGACCUCCACAUUCAUAAAUUAUAUUUAUCAUGCCUAUUAUUUGCAGUUAAUUUUAAUUGCAACUCAUAUAAUAUGACAUUUACCAAUAGGCACCUAAGUAUAUUGACUAUGCAGUGAUUUUUAUUGUUGUCUUGUAUAGAUUUAAGUUACUUAGUAGGUAGUAAAAUAGCGUUAUUAUAGGCAUACUUGUUCUCAAGUUACACUUGUUGCAUCACUGAUAUUAAUCAUAAAAUAUCUAAGUUUUCUAAUAGAAUGUACCAUUGUAAGUUAUCAAGGUAACUUUCUUGAGGAUGACUGUAGUAAGUUACUAAAUAUUUUUUGGCUAUGUAGUCUUAAAUGUAGUAUUAAUUUGUCUUCCGAAAAUUUUUUACUCUUUAUUUCAAUAGCAUAUUUAAAUAAUUUAUUUAAAAGUUAUACUAUAGAUAGAUAGAAUAUAGAAAUAUGUUCGAAAUUACUUAAUUUUACAAUGCCAAUUACCAAAUGAUGGCUAAACAUUCACUGAAAUUCAUUAACUUUAAAACCAUGAUCAGUUUUACUGUUACCGUAGAAUGGGGUUACUUUAACCAAUUUUAAACUUUGAAGGUCCAUAUCUUUUAAAUUUGUGGGUGUAAAAAAAUACAAAAAAAGUCUAAUAAUCGGUUUUUAUAGCACUCUCGAUUCGUGUAAUAAAAAAAAAAUAUGGCUCAAUUUUGAGAAAAAAAAUAAAAAGUAUGUGAUCAAAGCUAAAAGAAGAAUGGGGUUACUUUGAUAUCCCCAGAUUUUAUUGCGUAAAUAGAAAGUAACCUCAAUUAUAAUACCAAUAAAUUUAAAAAAAUCAAAAUCUGCCAACGGGAUAAAUAGUUAUUGUCAUUUUUGUCCUAUGGGGUAACUUUGAUCUACUAAA